CCGCUCCUCUUAUCCCCGUCCACCGUUCACAUCUGGUCUGCGCCUCCGCCUUUUUUCCUCUUUCGAGUCCGCCCCUUUCGUCAUCCGACCCUUUUUUUUUCUUGCUUCUCCAAACGACGCCACCAACCGCCGCAAUAGAUCAAUAGAAAGAUAGGAAUAUCUUCCAUAUAUGAAUAGUUUUCCGGCAGCCGCCACCACCCAACCCCUCCUCGAAGACGACUUCUCCUUUUACAUCUCCUUUUUUCAGGACGACUCCGCCGCACCACCCGCUUCGCCUCCGACGUCGAUCUCCGACAUGCCCAAGGGUCGCCGUAGACGAGAAGCCGGCGCAUCCGCCUCCGGUGAUGAGAGGAGGAAGAAGCGGAAAUCGAUCGCCAAUCUGCUGACCUCCAUCGCGGCGAUCGACGCCCAGGAUGAGUCCGAGCGGCGCGAGUCCGACGAAGACUCUCGCCGCGAGCUCUCACUUCUCGAGGAGAACCACCACCGGAAGGCUGAGGUCAUGCUCGACUACUACUCCCGCCUCGAGGACAACUUCUCCGCCCUCGACGAUGACGCUGACACCCUCCGCUCCAAGCGCGUCCGAGUAGCCGCCUCUGCGGUCGCCGCUGCAGCGGCGGCGGCCUCCGCUUCCGUCGAGAACGACGCUGGCCCUGCCACUUCCGCCGCCGGAAGCGGCCACCAGCAGAGGCGGCUUUGGGUGAAGGACCGGUCGCGAGCGUGGUGGGACCAAUGCAACAGCCCGGAUUUCCCCGAGGCGGAGUUCCGACGAGCGUUUCGGAUGGGCCGCGCCACGUUCGAUUUGAUCUGCGAUGAACUUGGGUCGGCAGUAGCGAAGGAGGACACGAUGCUCCGUGCCGCUAUCCCCGUCCGCCAGCGAGUGGCGGUGUGCAUCUGGAGGUUGGCCACCGGCGAGCCGCUCCGGCUCGUCUCGAAGCGGUUCGGGCUCGGCAUCUCCACUUGCCACAAGCUCGUCCUCGAGGUCUGCACCGCGAUCAAGACCCUUCUCAUGCCAAAGUUCGUCCAGUGGCCCGACGGGGCCGCCGCUGCCGAAGCAAAAUCCCACUUCGAGGCCGCGUCGGGAAUCCCCAAUGUCAUCGGGUCCAUGUAUACCACCCACAUACCUAUCAUCGCGCCCAAAAUAAGUGUCGCCGCCUACUUCAACCGCCGUCACACAGAGCGCAAUCAAAAGACAUCUUAUUCCAUCACCGUCCAAGGGGUGGUCAACCCCGACGGUGUGUUCACGGACGUCUGCAUCGGGUGGCCCGGAUCGAUGCCUGACGACAAGGUGCUCGAGCAAUCGGCUCUGCACCAGAGGGCAGCUGCCGGGAUGCUCAAGAACACUUGGAUCGUGGGGAGCUCGGGCUAUCCUCUUAUGGAUUGGGUGCUGGUGCCGUACACCCACCAAAACUUGACGUGGACGCAGCAUGCCUUCAAUGAAAAGAUCGGGGAGGUUCAGCGGAUCGCUCGGGAGGCAUUCGCAAGGUUGAAGGGGCGGUGGACUUGUUUACAGAAGCGAACAGAAGUAAAACUGCAGGAUUUGCCUGUGGUUAUUGGCGCUUGCUGUGUGCUGCAUAACAUCUGUGAGCUAAGGAAGGAGGAGAUGGAGCCGGAUCUCAAGUACGAACUGGUGGACGAUGAGAUGGUGCCUGAGAACAGCAUACGGUCGGUGAGUGCAUCACAGGCCAGGGACAAUAUUGCUCAUAAUUUGCUACAUCAUGGCCUUGCCGGCACAGCUUUCUUUUAGUUUCUUUACAAAAUUGAAAUUCUUUUGUUUGUUGUCAUUUAUGGAACCAUGCAGAAUAAAACUGAUUGGGCUUUUUGGUUGGUAGGACUGUAAAGCAAGGUUGGUCGUUCCUAAUGACUGUAAGGUUUGAGUACUUAAUUAGGUUAGCGUAGAGUCUGUUUGGAGAGGUAGAAAACAGUGACCCUGUUGCAGCUUUGCUGUUGUCUUAGUUACUAGAAAAGUUCAGGUUGAUAGGGAAUUCUUUGAUGUUAUGCAUCAAUGCCAUUCUUAACUUUGCUUGUUUUUUUGUUUCAAGUGGGUAAUGGUGGUCACAAGAUAUUCAAUUCUGUUUCCAUUUCAGCGAUAACCUUGUGAAAAA